AUGUCUGGCGUGCUAUCCUUGAACGACCGAGCGGGGUACACCACGCCGAUCCUCAAGGGCUUCCAGCGCACGGAGCUGCUGGUGGCCGGCGGCAAGGCCACCGUCACCUUUGCCCUCUCCCAGCGGGACCUCUCGCACUGGGACACGGAGAAGGGCGACUGGGUCGCCGUAGCCCAGGUGACCGCGCACAUCGGCGAGUCCUCGGGGGACAUCCGGCAGACGCUUCCCGAUUUGGACGUCGCGGGGGCGACCGCCUCGCAGCCACAGGCGCGUUCGGACCCCUACGACUGCGCGGCCGGGUUCUCCAAUUGGCAGGCUGGCUGGUCCGACGGCAAGAAGAGUUGGUGCUGCGAGCACGCCCAGAAGGGCUGCGAGCAGCCCGCCGGCGGCGGCGGCGGCUUCUGCUGCUUCUCGGCGGGCGGCCCGGGCGGCUGCGGCGCGUGCCCCGCCGCGGCGGUGGCGGCCGCGGACAGCGUCUGCGGCGCCUCGGCGGGGGACUGCGAGGGUUGCGGCGGGGGCUCCACGUGGUGCCCGGUCAUCGCGACGCUGGCGGUGUGA